GUGGGAGGAUAUGCUUGCUCUCUUUAAGAGCAUUUUAUCUUCAAAAAAGCUAAGCGGUCCUCGUCUUCAACUAAGCCUAAGCAAACCUCCUCCCCAGAGGAAAAGACCGAGAAACCCAGAAAAAUCAAAACAAAAGGAGGAAUUAGCAGAGAGCGGAGAAAGUCCUGCCUCGCUAGGAAAGGACCCAAAACAUCUUGAACUGGUCGAAACCUCUGCUGGCUUCGUAUAUCUUCCAACUUCAAACAAGCAAUUACCCACAAAGCAAAAGAAGAGCGAAAAAACAAAAAAUCAAACAAAGAAGCCAACUCGAUUAGAACGACAGGCAGAAUUGGUUGAAACGCAGAAACGAAUGAAAAUGGCAACAGAGUGCAAGUUUUUCAAGAGGGGUCGAUGUCACCGGAAAGAUUGCGAAUUUCUUCAUGAUGGCCCUCCACCUUUAUGUUACAAUAUUUUAAAGAACGGUGUAUGCACUGAGCCAAAUUGUAUUUAUAGCCACGAUCCAAAGAAAGUGGGUUGCAUGUUUUUCCACAUUACUCACAACUGUACAAGAGGAGACAAGUGCAAGUUCAGCCAUGAGGCGAUCUCUCCUGAAGAUCUGGCAGAACUCAAACGAAUUUAUGACGAAAUGGAGUUGGAGAAGCACUCUGUUAUGCCAGCUGAUGUGGCGCAGGCGAUGCUGAAGGAGGAAAAAGCGAUGCAAGAAAAGGAAUUGGAACUGGAAUCGUUUGAAGGCCUUCCAAGCUUAUUGUCAGUGAUGGAACAGACAGCACAGGGAGUGAAAGAGGAUAGUGAAAAGCAAGAAGAGGAGAAAUCGAUGGAGGUGGAGGUGGAAGAAGAUAAUGAAAGUGAGAGCAGUAGUUUUGAUGAAAAUGAUCCAUUCUUUUAG